AUGUCUAUAUAUUUUCUAUUACAUUAUAAAUUUUUUUAAUUUUAAAAAAAUUAUCAAGAAUCAUUCCAACUCUAUUCAAAAUGUGUCCCAUUUUUUCAUUUUAAAUACCUAUAGGUUAUCAAAUAUAAACAAAAAUAUAGAGGACAUGAUAAAUGGCAAAUUAUAUAAAUUCAAGAUUAAUAAAAUUUAAAUUUAUACACCAUAGAUGGCUUUCUUUAAUAAAAAAUAAGCAAAAAAUCAGUUAACGUUAAUAAUUAUUGGAAACCUUAUUUGAUUCAAUCAGAUUUAAGUACAAAAAAUAUAAUAUUAAAAGAGGAUGAAAUUAUUGUUAUUAAGGUUCCACCAAUAGUCAUGAUAAUAAAGUAUAUCUUUAUCAACGAUUCCUGUCAAUAUAUAAAACACAUCUUUUAAUUGAGCUAAGAAAAAAGAACUGGUAUUAAUAAAUUUCUUUUAUAAAAUCUUGAGGAUUACAAAUCAUCAUUAGCAAUGUUAAAUUAUAAACAAAAAGUUAUCAACAACCAAUAAAAGAAAGAAAUUUAGUAGAUUUGA